CUCGUAGUUUGAUGACAGUGCCGCUUCGACCUCUGCCGAGUCUCUGUUUCGCCAGCAAAAUAUUCUGCGACUGGACUGAUGCAAGAGGCUACAACAUCUGGAAGAUAGAAGCUUCUGGCAUCUUUAAAAGAUUUGGACGUGGAGGUUGAGGGUUCAGUGAUCAUGAGGCAGGCGGUGGAGGCUCAGGUGUUAAGCCCUCACUGUGAACUCGGAGAACACGGCCUUCGUCAGAUCCUGACAGAUGUGGUGGAGGAGGUGAGACGCACGCUGAAUCAGGACGUCGACGGAGCGGAGAUCCUCCACAGUCUUCUCAAUGCCUCCUGGCUGCAGUCGCUGCUGAAGGUUUACGAGUGUCUUCAAAGGUACCUGAGAGACUCCCCAGAACCAGCACUGGACUACGCCUCUGGACUCUCUUUUCAGCUGCUGAUCGACAUCAAGGCGUUGCCUGGCUCUUCUGAGGAAGCCAAGGAGCUUGACAGACUCUUGCGACAGCCUCACUUGCAGGCUUUGCUUUCUGCGCAUGACACGGUCGCCCAGAAAGACUAUGAGCCGGUGUUGCCACCAAUGCCAGCUGAUGUUCCUGAUGACGAGGAAGCCACCAGGAUCGUCUGCCUGGUCAAGAACAAGCAACCGCUGGGGGCAACGAUAAAGAGAAAUGACAUCACUGGGGAGAUUUUUGUGGCUCGGGUGAUUCACGGAGGUCUGGCCGAUCGCAGCGGUCUGCUCCACUCGGGAGACCGGAUCAUAGAGGUGAAUGGGUUUCCAGUGGAUGGUUUGGAGCCAGAACAAGUCAUUCAACUUGUGCAGGCGGGAGCGCACGGCACCAUCAUGUUCAAAGUGGUUCCCAUCACCGACAGGCCGAUUCACAACCACACCAUGCUGCACGUGCGAGCUAUGGUGGACUACAGCCCGCAGCAGGACCCCACCAUCCCCUGUGCAGACGCUGGCAUGCGCUUCAAGAAAGGUGACAUCCUGGAGAUCGUAGACCAGACCGACGCCCUCUGGUGGCAGGCUAAUAAACUGCCCAACAGCACCGCCUGCGCAGGCCUUAUUCCCUCCAGCAACUUGCUGAAACGGAAGCAAAGAGACUUCCUGUGGUCUGAGCCUUACCAAGCGCACGCCUGCAUACACACAUUGAGCACUGUGGAGGAAGAGGAGGACCUAAACGCCAUUGAUGAGAAAUGUGUCGAAGCAGAUGAGGAAGCCUUUGAAUCUGAGGAACUCAGAGACGAGGGUGAUGACUUAAGCAGCAACUUUGUGGGCGUGUACUUAGCUGGGUUCAGGCACAGCUUGCGUCUUUGUCGCAGGCGGCGCAGCACCACCCUAACGUCCUGCCCCACCCACUGUCCUAACAGCUGCAACAGCGCCCUCAUCUGCACCUACGAGGAGGUGGUGCGCUACCAGCGCAGCAGAAAUGAUGUGCACCGUCUCAUCGCCCUCUUAGGUCCAUCAGGUGUGGGAGUGAAUGAACUGCGCAGGUGCCUGAUUGAAAUGAAUCCCAACACCUUCCAAGGCGCAAUACCUCACACAACGAGAGCACCCAAAGGAUACGAGAAGUUCGGCAGAGAAUAUCAUUUCACCAGCCGAGAGGAAUUUGACAACAUGGUGUACAAAAACAGGUUCCUGGAGUACGGCGGGUAUAAAGGGAAUCUAUACGGCACAAGCAGGGAAGCAGUGAAGGACGUUUUAAACAGCGGGAAGAUCUGUGUGAUUGACAUUGAACCAAAUGCCAUUCAGGCGGUGAGAACACAUGACCUGCGGGCGUACAUCAUCUACGUGAAGCCGCCGCCGCCGGAGCAACUGAGGGAGACGAGACAGAACUCCUACAUAACCACUGACUACCACAUCAACCGCCCGUUCAAAGAUGAAGACUUCCAGGAGAUGGAGGAGGCCGCCCACAAGAUGGAGUUGCACUACGCACAGUUCUUUGAUCAUGUGAUCGUCAACGAGGACUUGAAGGAGUCCUGUCUCCAGUUGCUGACAGCCGUACAAGAGGCGCAGGACGAGCCACAGUGGCUUCCUGCCAGCUGGAUACGACCCACCACAGUAGACUAACACUUCUAUGCACGCCAAUUUGAACACAAGAUCUUACCGUUAUGGUCUUUACUUUUAUAUACCUGCACAAAAACAGUAUUGCCUCGCUCUCAAAUGGACUUCUGUCAGUCAGGGCCGGCCCGUGGCAUAGGCCGUAUAGGCAAAUGCUAAGGGCGCCGUCCAUCAGGGGGCGCCAUGCCAGUGCCACAAAUGUUGGAGAGAAAAAAAAAAUGUGUUACUAUUAUUUCUAAAUACAAAAAAUAAUCUCACGUUAAUUAAAAUGCAAAG